AUGAGUUUAAAUACAAAAUCAUCCAGCAGAAUCAAUGGAUGGUCGUUACCAAUUCAUCCUUUACAAUGUCUAUCCUGGUUCGCUACUGCUCUGUUCUCGAUAAUCUACUUUGGAAUACUCGUCCCAUCUAUCGUCAUUCGAGCCAGAAUUCCUCUUUUUGUUAUCAAUGCCGUGUGUAUUGCUGCUUAUAUUGUUCUUAAUAUAAUUGCGGUGAGUAUUAAUCCAGCUGAUACAGCUGUCAGAGAAAAACAAAAAUCGCAUGGAAAUAAAGUUUCCUCUUUGGAUUCUAAACAUGUACAUGUGAUUGAGAACUUUUAUUGUAAUUUGUGUGAGCUGCCAAUCUCAAGUUCCCGAACAAAACACUGCAAAAGUUGCAACAAAUGUAUCGCUGAUUUUGAUCAUCAUUGUAAAUGGCUUAAUAAUUGUAUAGGUAGUCGCAAUUAUACAUAUUUUGCUGGGAUAAUCACAAUGGCUUGUCUGUCACUUAGUAUAUCCACGAGUCUUUCUCUGUCAUUGGCUGUCGCGUAUUAUUCAGAUCGUCCAUAUGGAUAUUGGAUACAAGCAUAUCACGAUUACUGGCAAACAUUCACCAAUGGGACCAUUGAACAUCUAGAUUAUUUAAUAAACAAUGAUGGAGUUUUCCGCAUAUUCGGUUUAAAUUCAUCUGGAUUGGUUUUCUUUAUAAUCGCUAUUGUUGGAUGUUUAUUUACUUUUUGCAUUGAUGCCUUUUUGGUGCAUCUAAUAAUCUUUCAUAUAUACUUGUAUAUAAAAGGUAUGACAACAUAUGAAUUUAUAGUUUUACAACGUCAAAAAUCUAAUCCAUCUACUGAAAAUCAACAUCUAAUAAUUAUUAAAUAUAUUGAUUUAUGUGAAAAAGAAGAUAUUGCUGAAAUGUCAUCACAGAGUCAAUCAAAUGGACCAUUUACUACAAGUAGUAAAGUUGUUUUAUCUUUACCGUCCACUGGUAAAUCAUCCGAUCAACCAAUUGUAACAGGUGAUUUGGCCAAUAAUAGCAGUAGUAUUUGCUCAGAUAGACCACAAACUAUCUCUAAUAGUAAAAUAUUUUCAGAUGGAAAAGAAUGUCUGCCUUCAAUUUCAACGUCUAAUUUCAUAUCAGAAAGUACACAACGAGAUAAUCCGGUAUAUUUAUCGUCCCUAGGCAAAAAUUCUGAUUUACCUCUUGAUGUAAAUAAACGUGAUCUAACACGGGUAGAUAGUGAUGUUUCACAAGAUUUGAGUUAUUAUAACACUAGUGGUGAUGAGAUUUGCAGCACAAGAGCAAUCACAGACGAAAUUGAGUUGAAGUCAAUCAGCCCAAGUGAUGAACUUGUUUCAUCUGAACGAAUCACCGACUCUACUAUUACACAAUCCAAUAGUACAGAAUCUACAAAUACACUUACAAAAGAGGAUGAUAGUUCAGUGAUACCUAAGGUACCUCCAGUAUUACGAACAACAUAG